AUGUGGAAGCUCAACAAGAGCAGCAAAGUUCUGCUGGACGACUCGCCCGAGGAGGAGGAGACGCGGCCCCGCGGCCCGCCACCGGCUGCCGCCUGCGCCGCCGCCGCCUUCGCGGCCCCCCAGAAUAAAGACCAGUUUCUUCAUGAUGAAUCUUCAUCUUCAGUAUCACAACUUGCAACAAAGGUUCAAGGUGCAAGUUUCCGGGGAUGGAAGGAAGUGACGUCCAUGUUCAACAAAGACGAUGAACAGCAACUGCUAGCAGGAUGCAAGUCUCCAAAAUCCAAAGGAACAAACCUGAAGUUAAAGGAAGAGAUGAAGUUGGAAAAGAAGCCAGGUUUUUGGGACAGUUUGGUGAUAAAGCAGAAUGUCCCAUCUAGGAAACCAGAUGAGAUUGAGGGCUGGGAACCACCGCAGAUGACCACUGCUGAAUCUGCCAGCGAUGCAGCAACUACUUUAAGUGACUAUACAGCCUGGUCAGGCUGGGAAGAUGAAACCAAAGGUUCCACAAAAUACACAAACCUGGCCAGCUCAGGAAACAGUUCCAGGUGGAGUAUCAAAUCAGCUGGAAAGCUGGUUAGUAUCAGACGUCAAAGCAAAGGUAACCUUACUGACAACUGGGAAGAACUAGAAUAA